CGGGCAACAAAAGAAAAUGCGUUACUCUAAGAACCCUACCCGUCAAUAAUAACCCUAUUCAUCUUGUUUCUGUUAAACAUCCUCCCUCUUGGUUGACUCCUCACUCCGGCAAGCGGCAUGGAGUGCCAGUACGUGGCGACGCAGCGGGGUGGCAUCGCGCUCCUGUACGAGGGCCACCGGUACAAUAAGGUGCGAGAUGGCAAAGAAGGCACUGUGUACUGGCGUUGUGCUCGGGACCGACAGUGCCCCGGCCGCGCGGUCACAGUGUACAGCCGCAUCAAAAAGGCCAACAAUAAGCACAACCACCCGCCGGACGCCUGGCGCAACAAGGUGGACCAGGUGGUCUCCGACCUGAAGCUUCGCGCACAGGACGACGCCACGGCCCUGCCGACCCUCUUCACGGAAACCCUCAAGUACCUUGCCUCCAGUCACCAAGUGGCAGCGCUGGCCAGUGUGGUGCCCAAUUUUCCAAACUUCAAGAGCACCAUCUGCAAGCCCCGACACCAGCUGGUGCCGUCCCUGCUCCAGCUCAGGGACUUCCGUCCCGAAGACUCGUGGCUCUAUGCCAGCACAGCAGAUGAGCCAUCAACCUCAGAGCCACUGGACAUGGCAAUGCGCAACACGGGGACCUUGCUCAAGCGCCUGCGAGCCCUUAUGAAAAAUUCGACGUACGUCAGCGAAGCAAUUCAGGCUUACAUAGUUCCUUCCGGGGAUGCACACCAGAGCGAAUACCUCGCCCCUUGCGACAAGCGAAGGGCUUUUCUCACAGGGUUCAUGGGAAGUGCCGGGACUGCUAUAGUAACGGAGGACCACGCAGCUGUCUGGACAGAUGGACGGUACUUUCUGCAGGCUGAGCAAGAACUAGACUCUAAUUGGAUUCUUAUGAAGGAUGGUAUUCCAGGUACUCCUUCUCAAGGAGAGUGGCUGUGCAAGGUGUUGUCUAGUGGCAGCCGCGUUGGGGUGGAUCCUUUUCUAAUGCCCUUCGAUGCCUGGCGCCAAUUGUCUGGCCAGCUGGAGGUGGGCGGCCACUCGCUUUCCCCGGUGUCUCAGAACUUGGUGGACCUCAUCUGGGAGGAGCGUCCUUCUCCACCGAGCCGGCCCUUGGAUUCGCUUUCUAUAGUGUACACAGGAAAAUCUUGGCAGGAGAAAAUCACCGAUGUUAGGCACGAUAUGUCCCACAAGUCAGCCUCGGUGCUAGUCAUUACAGCUCUCGACGAGAUUGCCUGGCUCUUCAACCUGAGGGGAUCAGAUAUCGACUACAACCCUGUGUUCUUUGCCUAUGCGGUAGUCACCAUGGACUCUGCCCACUUGUUUAUCGAGGAGAGCAAACUGAGCAGCUCUCUGCAACGUCACCUUUCGACCGACCGCAACGACAAAAACCUCUCGGUGGAUAUUCGUCCCUACCGGGUCUUCAAAGAUUUUCUUUCUUUGCUGAUAAAUCAGCAGACGGGCAAAAUCUGGGUCAGCAGCUCUUCGAGCUAUGCCAUUGUCAGCCAAGUUCCCAAGGAACGCCGAAUCGAGUGUACGAACCCGAUAAUUCUUCGGAAAGCGAUAAAGAACGAGACUGAGAUAGAAUGCAUGAGAAGAGCACACAUCAAAGAUGCUGUGGCACUUUGCGAAUUUUUCCUAUGGAUGGAGUCUGAGGUGCCCAAGGGGGAGGUGACAGAAAUCAGUGCAGCUGCCAAAUUGGAACAGUUUCGGAGGGAACAAGAAGAUUACGUGGGACCCAGCUUUGAAACAAUAUCUGCAUCCGGCCCCAACGCUGCCAUCAUCCACUACCGCCCGGAGGAAGAAACCGACCGGCGGGUCACCAUGGAGGAAAUAUAUUUAUGCGAUUCCGGGGGCCAGUACAGGGACGGCACAACAGAUGUGACGAGAACGUGGCAUUUUGGUGUGCCCAGCCAGUACGAGAAGGAGUGCUUUACUCGUGUGGUCAAAGGGAACAUAGCGCUAUCAUCUGCUAUCUUUCCCAGACUCGUCAAAGGGCAAAUGCUGGAUACCUUAGCACGCCGUGCUCUCUGGGAGGUCGGCCUCGACUACCUGCAUGGGACGGGCCACGGUGUCGGAGCUUUUCUGAAUGUCCACGAAGGGCCCAUGGGCAUUAGCUGGAUGCCCCAUCCCAACGACCCUGGACUCCAAGAGGGCAUGAUCCUCUCGAUCGAGCCGGGCUACUACGAGGACGGCCAGUUCGGGAUCCGGAUCGAAAAUCUGGCACUUGUCAGGAAAGCUGCCACCAAGUACAAUUUCAAGGACCGGGGAUUUCUCGCCUUCGACUCGUUGACAUUGGUCCCCAUUCAAAGCAAGAUGCUGGACCCCCUUAUGCUGACAGCGGAAGAGGUGGAUUGGCUGGACUCUUACCAUCAAGCGUGCCGUGAUGUGGUCGGCCGGGCACUCGAAGAACAGGGACGGGAACUUGCGCUCCAGUGGUUGCUCAAGGAAACGCAACCCCUCGGAUAGAUGGGUCGCACUGGCGCACCCAAAAAGGAAACGCUGUGCCAAAACGGGAGGGGUUAUGUCGUUUCUCUUUUUGUUAGUGCGAGGUCCAACGCAGAGAUGUACCCCGGCCUUCCAAAGAUGCAUUCUGUUUGAGGAGUUUUUGUACCCCCCAGAUGACCCGAUUUCUAGGAUGCCGGAAGUUGCCCUCCAGUCAUCUCAGAAACCCAUAAUGAAAUAGGCCGUGUGGUCCUUUCGUCGAGGAGUCCCCCUUGCAUCUCCAGAGCCCCGAGUGCGUCGUUGCAGAUCAGAGGUCGGUCGGAUAAGCAAUAAGGAAGGGCCUUUCCCUUGCA